AUUCUUAAUUUUAUUGAAUUUUAAGCCAAUUUCGCAUAAAUUUAAGUGUAAAAAAGCCAAAAAAAGCAAAAAUGCCAGAUGCCUACAAACUACACCCUCCUUUAAAGAUCCAAAUCCAGAUAGAAUCCAUUGCUGCCUUCGAUAACAACGUCAUUCUCGGCACUCGUCAAGGCCAUUUGCUGCAAUAUUCGAUAAACUCAAAGCCAGAAAAUGAAAAAAUCGACUUGCAACUGCUGCAAUACAACAAAACUUUCAGCAAAAAGCCAAUCGUGCAGCUGGAAGUCAUUCCGGAAUACAAAAUUCUCUUCAGCUUGACCGAUAACACGAUCAACGUCAACGAUAUCAGUCGUCACAACUUUCCGCUUGUGCAUGUGGCUCAAAACAAAGGAGCAACCGCUUUCGCGAUGGAUGUCCAAAAAUCCACAAGUUUGACGGGCGAAUUGUCACUCGUUGUGCGAAUGUGUUCGGCAAUUAAGCGAAAAUUGCAGUUGUGGUAUUGGAAACACGAUCAACUCUUGGAAUACGGACGAGAUAUCGAGUUAUCUGACGUGCCGAAAGUCAUUUGUUGGUCCGGCAACACAAUUUGCAUCGGAUUACGAACGGAAUAUGUGUUGUAUGACUUGUCCAAAGGCAAUCCAACGAAACGAGAUUUGUUUCCGAUCAGUUCAACACGAACCAUGGAUCCUUGUAUUUCGAUUUUGAGCGAUGAAGUGUUCGGAAUUGCCAAAGAUGAGUUUAUGAUAAGUAUUUAUGCGAACAGUCAAGGCGAUCAAGAACUCCCCACGGAAGGACAGUACGAUCCAAAGGCUGCGGAAGUGAAUGAGGCAUCCGACAAGCGAUUUGGAACGCUUCAAUGGACAGAACCGUUGCAGCAACUUGUCUGGGAUGAGCCUUAUUUGACGGGACUUGUCACAGAUUCGCUGGAAAUUCGAGUUUUUAAUGCACCGGGGGAUGUAACGGACAAUUUGGUGCAAAAAAUCGACGGAUUGAAUCAUGUGCGGUUUUUGGUCAAGGGAACACGAGGAAUUUUGUAUGCGGCAUCCGCUUCGCAAUUAUGGUGCAUUGAAAUGCGUGAUAUUCAACAGCAACGAGAACAAUUAUUGCAAGAGAAGAAAUUUCAACUCGCUUUACAACUUACCAACAUCUCGAAUGAAAGUCCCGAUGACAAGCAGGAAAAAAUUAAUGAGAUUCAAACGUUGUAUGCCUUUGAUUUAUUCACCAAAAAGGAGUUUAAGCGUUCCAUGAAGGAAUUUUUCGUCUUGGGAACUGAUCCGAUUGAAGUUAUAAACCUUUUUCCUGAACUCUUGUCCUCCGAUGGCACUAAAAAAGGCGAAAGCAUGGCUGACAAACUUGAAGAUAAGGAACUCGAACAAGGAUAUCUCGCCCUAAUCGACUAUUUGACUGAAUGGCGACAGAAAAUGCGCAAAGAAUCUGCCAAUAAUUCGAGUAAAAUGACACAAAAAGGUGCAAAAACUUUAUUAUCCAUCAUUGAUACAACUCUGCUGAAGUGUUAUCUCCAAACAAACGACUCUUUGGUGGCUUCUGUAUUACGUUUGAACAACUGCAACUUGGAAGAAUCGGAAAAAGUCCUCAAAAAACAUCGAAAAUACGGCGAAUUAAUCAUCUUGUAUCAAACAAAGAAGCAACACAAGUCCGCUUUACAACUUUUACAAGCGCAAGCUGAGGUCCAAGGCUCCGUUUUGUUCGGGCACGAACGCACUAUCCAAUAUUUGCAACAUUUGGACUCAAAAAAUAUCGAUCUCAUAUUCGAAUUUUCCGAUUGGGUCUUGAAAAAACAUCCCGAGGAUGGUUUAAAAAUCUUCACGGAAGACGGAUUGCCCGAAGUUGAGGGUCUUCCGCGUGCCAAAGUGCUCGAUAUGCUCUUGCAAAAGCACAAAGACCUCGUAAUCCCGUAUUUGGAGCAAAUUAUUCAUGGGCCAUGGAACGAAAGUAACGGCAUUUUCCACAACAUUCUCGUUAAGCAGUACAAGGACAAGGUUCUUCAGUACAAAAAUGACGAAAAAAGUGAAAAUCGUGCUCAAUUAGACAAGUACAGCAAGAAACUCAUCAAGUUUUUAAGAACUUCAAAUCAAUACAGCCCGGAUAAAGUCCUCAUGGAUUUUCCUACGAACGAUUUAUUCGAGGAACGCGCGAUAAUUCUGACAAAAUUGAAGAAAUUCGAGAAAGCUUUGACGAUUUACGUGCAAAUUCUCGGCGAUAUCGAACUCGCUGUCAAAUAUUGUGGCGAAGUUUAUCACGCAGACAUUCCCGCAACGCAUUCAGUUUACACGAAUUUGAUCAAAAUCCUCCUGAAUCCGCCAAAACAGUCGCCUUACAGUGAAGUUCCGCUCCAUAUUCGGUGCUUGCAACCCGAUGUCGAAACAGUUUUGGAUAUUCUUGAACGUCACACGGACAAAGUUGAUGCGGAGGAAAUUCUAAAAAUGUUACCGAACGACAUUCCCCUCAUGCGAUUGAAGAAAUUUAUCGAAACCGCGAUGCAUUUGUGUCUCGAACGCAAACGACGAAUCCAAAUCCACAAAGGCUUGUAUUACGCAGGGCACUUGCAGUUGCAGGAACAACGCAUAAAACUGGAAUCGCAACAUUUUACACUCACCGAAUUAAGCACGUGCUCGAAUUGUUGCAAGAAAUUCAGCAAUCAAAGUGCGCUGGUGCGCCUUCCGAAUGGAAACUUGGUGCAUUAUUCGUGUCAAUAGUUUAUUUAUCGUAUAAUUCAUAAAGUAAAUGUAAAUGAUUUGUAAUACUUUUGACUUGAUAGAAUACAUGGCGAUCAAUUAAAAUUAAGUAAACUCAAGAAAAAUAUAACACUGAAAAAAGUUU